GACGGUUUGAAGACGAACAAUGCCCCAAUCAUUCAAAUGGGAUGGUACUACUGCAAUGUGACUGGCAUCAACGUGGAUACUGUGGAUGUCGUCCAUACCCGGUAUCCCAACAACCAGCCAAAAUAUCCUCGAGCCCUCAUCGGAGGUGCGGCAAGCUAUGAGGACGAUUCCAGUACCCAAAAUGCUGAUCCUUAUAGCACCUACUCCAACUACCAGGUUUCUAAACGUCCGUGCAGAGGGGAUCAACACGGGCCUCAUCAGUAUCAAUAUGCUUUCCAAUAUUGAUGACUGGCACCUCGACAACGUCUGGAUCGAAGAGCUUACACCUAUUCCGGGCCUUGACGAGAGCACGAUUGUGCCGUUUACCAAUUACAAUAACCAGCCUGUUACCAUGGGUAAGGACUCAGAGGGUGGCAUUGGUCUUACCAUUUCCAACUUCUCUGUCGGUGAUGAGCACAUUACCUUUGAAAACAACAACUGGAACGUGAAUUCUACUGGGAAACUCAACAUUGGCUCAUCUCUCUGGGGCCAUUGGACCCUUUAGUAGUUAUUUUACCUACUACACAAUAAUAUCUUGGCGACUUUACACUAAUCCGCGUUCACUCCCUUAGCAAUAUAAUUUUUUACAAAGGC